GAAAACCGAACGCAGGGGUGAGGUUGAGUUUUCACAACAUAUAUUCUCUAGUUAGGAGAGUCCCAAGUGAAAUAUAUUCAAUGUCGACGCGAGUAUUUCUGAGAGAAAAGAUUUUAAUCCGUGAGUCAACACAUCUUGUUAUUCGAGUGAGCCCAGAAAGUAAGCAACGCUAGACUAUUGACCAUAGCUGCAUCGGCAGCCAGAUAAACAGGAGUGAGUGAAUGCCUCUCCUGAUCAUAUUCUUUAUUUAUCUCUGACGCUGGAGACUAAACAGAAACUCUAGCCAACAGAAGGAAGGAACAAUGAAAAAGAGAUUAUUUUUGUGACGUCCUUUUCCCUGUUUGCUCUUUCUUUCAUUCACAACUUGCAAACAAAACAGGGGAAGCACGUUUCUUCAUUCUUCUGUAUGAAUCUUGUCGGUUUAAUAAUUUAUAGUGUGACUAUGAAAUAGCUUUUUUUUAUGGCUAUGGACUUUUAUAAUAAUAAUAAUAAUAAUGAUAAUAAUAAUAAUUACAAAAGAAAAUACUAUCUUUACAAACAAUAAGAAAACUUUGAAAUGUCUAUCUUUGAAUGAAAUCUAAAAGCAAACCACUUGACGCUAUAUAUAUUCAAAAGUAUUUUCUAAGAAGGUCUUCGGAUUAAUCUUUAAAUAUAUCGUCUCAAUCACAGCUGUGAUAAAUGAAUGUUAAUAGCAUUUUCUUAAAUUCUAUUUAAUCAGUUCCAGUAACCAAAAAUCAUGAACGUUUUGACUAUGAUACGACUUGUGCAAUAUUCAGUAGUCUUUCUUGGUUUAUCUCUGUUUUUCUUAGUAAAUGAGUGCAAUGCUCGAAAACCUCAAAAAUCCAUUUACAUGUCUUACUGUCCGAAAUUUUCAUUUACUCAACUCUACAUUCGGGAUCCAGAUGAUUGCAAGGCAUUCCAUAUUUGUUUCGGGAGUAGAUCCUGGAAAAUGACCUGUCCGGGAAAUACAGUCUUUUCCUCAAAAUACAAAGUAUGCGUGUGGUUAAACUCACCAAAAGACGACUGUGUAACACCGAAAAAGAAAACAACUUCACUGCUACAGAGAUUUACAUUUUCUCCCACAUCGGAUACCAAAAGGUGGCGAACAUCAUCAAACAUGAAAAAAACAACGUCCUUAUCAUCAGCGCCAACAUCAUCAACAAAAUUAUUAUCUUCCACAGCAAAAAUAAUCACAACAACAAUAUCAACAAAGUUAAAUCGAAUUACAAAAAACAAUGUAUUCAAAUCCACAUUAGGUACUCAAACUAAGAGAAUGAGUUCAAUGUUCACCAAAUUGUAUAAUCGAAAAACAACAUCGAAAUUAUACACGAAGUGGUGGCCACGGAAAAUAACAAAGUGGUGGGAAAAUAAGAAGCCUUCAACCAAAACGAAAGCAAAGUUCUCAAUGCCAACGUCGACAUUGACGGAGAUGAGAACGACAAAGAUACCAACAGGGUCAACAGCAAGGUCAACAGACGAACAGCCAAAAAUAAAGACGACAACCAAAACAUUCUUCCAAAAAGAAACAGAACGCUGUGGAGAGAUAUUAAACACCGCAUAUAUCAUCGGUGGUCAACCUAGCAUGCCAGGACGAUGGCCUUGGCAAGUGUCGUUACAAAUAAUAUCAGCUGGUCAACCGUGGCACAGAUGUGGAGGAGUUCUAGUUCAUCCACUGUGGAUAAUCACUGCUGCUCAUUGUGUGGAAGGGCCAUUUUAUGGCAAUUUGAAAAACUGGCGAGUCGUCUUGGCUGAGGGAAACUUAGAGGUGAAAAGUGGGUCUGAAGUUUAUCGCAAACUAUCAAAAAUUAUCAGUCAUCCCGGUUACGAACGGGCCAGUAACUUCCCGAAUGAUAUUGCAAUGUUACAACUUGAUGAACCAGUUAAUACUUACGAUACUAACAUUCGGAUGGCUUGUUUACCGCCAUUAGAGACAACUCAGUUAUUCAAAGAAAAGAAUUGCUGGAUCAGUGGCUGGGGUGAAACUAGAGGAAGUGGUGAAACGAAUGGGCUGAACGAAUUACAAGUCGACAUUGUACCGAGCGAAGCGUGUAAACCAAUGUGGGGACGAGUGGAUAUCAGCGUUUUAGACCAACAAGUAUGUGUUGGAUACGGAGACACCGGCGCUUGCUAUGGCGAUUCUGGUGGUCCUUUAAUGUGUGAAGUGAAUGGAACUUACUAUCUCGGCGGUGUCAUGUCCUGGCUUAUCAACAACUGUUCAGCAAGAGGUUUCCCCAACGUAUUUACUCGCGUACAAAGUUACCUGGACUGGAUACAUGGUAACAUUGAUUACUAUCACUGGUGGCGCUACAGUUAGACACCGGUAUUUCUAGAAUAUAGCGACUUAUGAAAUUUAAAACAAAUUAAAGUAAAACAUUGGAUACAGUAGUAAGGAACCAAAUACUACCACUGUUGUAUCAAAGAUAUAUUUAUAUGACAAUAAGCGUAUAUAUAUGUAUAUGUUUUGGUGAUUGAAAUCUUUCACGAACAACUGCAGUUUACAUAUUGCUCUUUGGAGACAAAGAGAUAGUAAACAACAAAAACAAUUGAAAUGAAAAUUUUCAAAAGAAAAUAAUGCAAAAAAAAUUGGAUGGACGGUGAUUGAAAUAUUGUGAUAAAAACAUAUUUUUGAAGUUUAAUGAAAAUUCAUCGAUUUCUAAUCGAUAAAAAACUGUUACUUGAAGUGUAUUUUGUAAAAAUGAAAUAUUACAACGUUUUUUAAAAAUUAUAUCAAAUAAACAUCAUCCCGCUGUAUUAAAAAAAUACUUG